AUGAUCCAGUCAUCCGGUGAUCCGGUCAUCUGGCCGUGCAACUCGCUUGACUGGAAGUCCCUCGCCACGCUUCCACCGGGUUCCUUGGUCCAUGUCCACUACGGUGGAGAGAGCGUUGCGAAUAGUCCACAAGGACGACUCGAAAACGACGCCAAGAAUGCAAAGCACUCGAGGCUGGCUAACGAUGCGCGUGUCAUUGGCGAGCUGUUGCCCGACUCGACAUGGUCGGUGUACCGUCUCGACAUCAAUGCCAUCGAUGUCGACAUCUACGAGUACCGAUCGCGCCUCGAUCUGCAGGCUCUUGAGCGCGCGUUGAUCGCUGUCGGUGACCCGCUCUGGCUGAACUCUGCCAAGGACGGCCUCCAGCAUGAGCCGGACAGCUCGUUCUUUCCCCCAUCCAACCCCAUCACUACCCCGCCGACUGGGGGUGCCAGUGUGCAGCUCAACGUCACCAUUGAGCGGCUCAUCCGCGGCUCGGCCGAGGUUUGGGGGCAGCGCUCGUCGCGGCGCAUUCACCCGAGAGCCCUCAAUGCAGUAGCCGACGCGGCACUCGUUCGUCGCACCUGGCACGACAACCCCCACCCAGUCUGGGUUUCCGCGAGCAAGGACAUCACGGUCGAAGAGUUCGAGUUCCGCGCUCCAGGUAUCGACUACCGUGGCGAUAACGCUGGCCCUGGUACCACCUACGCCAACUGGAGCCAGGCCUACGCCCACGGAGUCGUAGCUAACGACCGCGACACUCGCAUGCUCGUUAACGGUCCGUUCUUGGAUCUCUGGGCCCUCGACCUCGACCACUUCGAGAUCAUCCUCGCCAUCCUGUACCUCUGCCGUCUUAUCUACUGGUACCGCCCCCUAAUCGUUCUCUGCGAAUCGCAGCAAGUGACUGCUGUCUUUAUCAACCUCGCCGAGUUCUACUCUGCGAUGCCCGGGGACGACGAGUUCUUCGACGGCCACACACAUGUGCCCAAUGCCGAGGUGAAAGAGCACGGCAAGAAGUUUGCGCGUAUGAACAAGAUGACCGGCCCCUUCCUCCCAUGGGUCGGCACCAUGUUCAUCGCCAGAACUUCACCGUCCACCUUCGCCAUUUACGACAGUGACCUUGCCGACGAGCUCAUCGAGCUGGACGCGGUCGUGACCGCCAUCGGUCAGGCAUGCCUCGUGACCGCCACCUCGCUCCCGACGCGUCCGGACGUAACCUCCCUCUCCGACAUGCAGGUCCUCCUCGCUGCGUGCCGCACCGCCGUCAAGGCUCGCGGCCUCGACCUCCUCCUCGAAAAGGCUCGCAGACAGCUGCGUGUCCAGGAGGAGUAUCUCAUCGCGAGUCGGAUGUCUACUGCGACGCCAGGCCUUACCACCGAGCAGCGCUCCGCCGCCGCCGUCUCCCGCCGUCUGACCGCCAUCGCCUCGCACGAGAAGGUUGCCGACGUAACCGACUCGCCCGCUCGCCGCGUCCUGUUUGACGGCAUCUGGCGUGCUGCAGAGUUGCUUGUCGCCCUCGGCACGCCCGAGUUCCACCGCCACCCCCUUCUCCCCGCCGGUGUGACCAAGGAGGAGACCUGGGCGUGGUUUAACAGUCGCGAGGAGGGCGUCGAGAUCGUCAUCGCUGCCGCUCUCUACAAGCGCCACCCAACGUACGGCAUGACCCCUGCCGAGACAGCCGCAUACGCGCAAGCGCGGUUCGGUGCAUACCUCGACACGGUUCAUGGCGACAAGACACGCAACUUCAACUAUUGCUAUGAACCAUGCGAGAUUGUUCUCCUGAAAGUGUUGGAAGAUUCAUUCAUUCCAACAGCAUCCGGUCUCUUCUCAUGCCGAUUGUGCCCCGGCAAAGGGAUCGACAAGAGCAACCUUCUACACAACUGCCCGAAUGACCCAAGACAUUCCACUACCUUGGGCGCUCGUAAGACUGCCAACCGCUUCCGUGGCGACAGGACGACGCUCGACCUGGACGGACACAUCCAGUUCGGUUUUGACGCCCUCGCACACGUCGACUAUUUUCCCGCCGAGCUCAUCGACGACCUGAGCAUAGUUGAGCUUGACGACCUCCUUAUGCGGGCCAAGCGUGGCGACCUUGUGCACCUUGGCUUCGAAAAUGUCACCCCUGCCGAGUGGGAGUUGAACAUGAUUGACCGCAUCCUUGUCGACAACUCGCCUACGGACGUGUGGCAGGUCAAGAAUGCCAUUGCAGCCUUGUACUUGAGUCCCGGCGUGCACGCCUACCUCGAGGUGGUGGACGUCUUGAGCCAGGACGCUAGAGCUCUUCGCCAGGUUGUCGACGCCAUCAAUGAGGCAGUCGCGCUCGAGUCCCGUGGCGAAAACAGCAGUCCUAUUCAAGUGUACGCCUGCAAAAAGACCGACUGCAUAUGUGCCCGUCUCCUCGAACCCAAGAGCAACCACUACUGCAAGACAGUCGGUAGUUCCAACACCAUCAAGAGGCAGUCGGGCAUGCAACUGACCGGCGACGUCAUUACAUCGUUCGUUCAGCUACCCGCCAUCGUCAAGCGCCGCUUGUGGGCCGCAUUUAUUGGCGGCAGCGACGAGUGUGAGGAUCUUACCCUCGAGACCUUCACGUGGGGUGCGUCCAACCCGAUUCCGGCCUCAGUCUCCUCGACCACCCCCUCGGCCAAAUCGACUGAAGGCUUCGCCCAAGUGCUUCACGGCUUUGCCCAAGUUCUCCCGGUCAUCGCCCAAGUCCUCCAAGGCUUCGGCGAGAUUCUCCACGCUUUUGGCCACAACGGCCAAGGUUUCGCUCAAUGCGCCUGCGAAGGUUUCGGCGUCGUCCACCAAGGCUCCGGCCUCGUCCAAAAAGGCUUCGGCUUCGUUACUGAAGGUUUCGGCCACCCUCAAGGCUUCGACCUUGUGCUCCGCGCCCUCGUUCUCCAAGGCUUCGGCCUCAUUGUCAAACGUGACGAUACGGUCAAUCACGUCGCCUCAGCUGUCGAUCAAGGCGCCCUUAGCACCACGUCUUCAUCAACAUCGCCUGCUUUUCAACAGCUGUCACUCGAGUAA